AUGGUAGAUAGCCUCAGAAGGGAGAACCCCGAGUAUAUCGGUCAAUACUCGCACGCCACUGACACGGAUGAGCAUAGAGCGAUGAGUUAUAUCGCCAGAAGGGGCGUUGACUAUAGUCAAGAAAACAAUAAUUACGCUUCGAAUUCAGAAAUUGAGGAAAUGACUGCUGAUGGGAUGGUGAAUCGUGACGAACUGUUAUGCGAGACCGAUACUUAUUUAACGACGUGUGAGAGUAUACAUGGCAUUCCAGUGGGAGAUAAUGGUUUAUCUGAUGUUGUAGAAGAAGAUUGUGAUUCUGUAAAUCUCAACGAACAGGUCAGUCAGCACCCUGUGAACGACGCCGAUAUGACGUCUGAAACGCACAGGGAUAACGAGAUUCCAUCAUCAGAAAACCAAAGUGGAUCCGAUUCACAUGUAUGUGAUGCUGUAUCUGAUACUGUUGAAGAACAACGUACCGUUGAUGUGCAUAACGAAGAACAAUCUUCUCAGGAUGAACGCACUGACCAAGCUCUAUCUAAAAAUUCAAGUAAUCAGCACAGCGAACAUGAUGAAGGGUCCUCUUAUGAUAAAGAAAGUGAGGGUGUAGUUUUUGAUACGGAAAAGAAUGACAAUCAGCCAAUAGUACGUGUUGAACUUAAGAACGAUGCGUAUCAACAGUCAAUCCAGCAUGAGGCUGAAGGGGAAGAGUCUACCAUUGAUGUCGCAGUCUCAUCACAGGUUUCAGAGCAGGAAAUACCUGAUGAUUCUGAAGAAACCGUGGUCGCGGCACCGGAAGAAACUGAUGUAGAUGAUGUUUACGCCCAAACUGAGACCACUUCUGUUGAUGGAGAUGAAUCUCAAGUGCAAGUUCUUUCUGAAGAUAACACAACUGAAAAUGAGGAACAGCAGACUUCACUGGAAGAAUCACCUGGCCCUUCUGAUGUUGAAUCGCAACAAAGCAAACAACAGCUACAUCCUGAUUCAGAGGCAGGGGAUGACUACGGAAGUCCCACAACUAACCAAUCAAUGGAUAGUACCGAUGGCGAUAACUGGAAGACUAGGAGCACUCCAAGUGAUGACAACAACAGUGUUCAGGACGUUGAACCGAAACAGAAGUUAUUUAACAUUUCCAGGAAAUCAUCCAGAAAACGUGUAGAAAGAACGGUAUUUGGUACAAGUGAAAAUCCUAUAGAUAUCACUGAUCUAACAGUAGAUUCAGGGAGUUUACUGCAGCUAUACCAAAACGACUACUUCGACGCCUAUAUGCACAUGUACCACCUUUAUCAUAAGAAAGAGGCCGGUGUACACGAGUAUCUGGUCAACUUGCUUUAUUCAAAGCGUACAGAUCAAGAGGUCAUGUUUUACCUUCCUCAAUUGUGUCAACUUUCCAUUUCAAAGUACGGAAAGUCGUCACUGCACAGGUUCUUACUGGAUCGAGCUUCUACGUCAAUGCACUUUGCUCUGAGGCUGUCGUGGUUUUACCAGGCCAUAAUAUCGGAUCAGGCGUCCAAAAUGGGACAUCUGGCGCAAAAAUUGACGCAAGAAACUGAGAUGGCCGUUGUAAAUUGUAAACUCAUUUCACCGCUAUCCAACUGUGCGGCACCUACAGAGGAUAGAGAACUCAACUUGUGUUCCAAAGGCCUUCUUUUACGAAGGACGAUAAUUAGGGCCAUUAGAGCAGGGCACGAAGGUGACUUUAACGCAACAACAGAUAUAGAGGCUCUAGAGAGACCGAAAGUACCCGAUCAAAUGACAUGCAAUGCAAUGACACUGAUAUGCCCACACUCCAAAGUGAAACUGUUUACACCUUAUGCAAAGAUAGGUAACCCUGUAGAUAUCGAAAUACAUCCUUACGUUGAAUGUCCUGGUGAGAUACAAUACGAACUUGAACGGUUGAUGAUGAAACAGAGGCGGCUGGACUAUUUCAACAUGCUUAGCAAUUUUGUGAAAUUGUGUAUGGACGUAUCUAAGCAGCUCACUUCAGUAGCUAAACGUGACGCUAGACUUCCUUUACUAACGCUAUUCGCCAAGUCUAUGAACGAAUGGCUGUUAGUACAGCGAUGUGUAGUGUCCGCCUGUGAAGAAAGUUUCGCAUACAGAGGGCUUUCGUUGCCGAUGCGCAAAAUGGGUAGGGAUAGACAUACCAAUAUACCCUUCCAAUUUCUUCGCAUCGUUGAAGACGAAUUAAAAAUAUUCCUCUCUAAGAAACGCGCACCGUUUGUGUUUUACUUUGAAAUCGCAAAUCUUGACGAAGAUGUUAGGAAUAUAUCACGUGGAGAGCGUGGUCAAUUUAUAGAAACUGUAACUUUUAGGGAUUUAUAUGUUUACGAGGCCAUUGUUAAGGACCUUGUGGCCUCAGGUUUAUUAGAUGUCGCGGAUGUAUCGUACAUCAGGAACCCUCUAGAGUGUAUCAGGUAUACCAUGGGUAUGCUUCCUGCAGAUGUAUUGGAGCGAUAUAACGAUCGCAAGGACCAAUUUAAAUCAGGACCUGCAGAUAGUUGGAGAGGUGGUGACGACGAGAGUGCCGCUGCCUUGUUAUCUGCGAUCCAAGGACUCGUAAUAGGUUCAAAUAAUAAAUCGUUCCAAUAUAACAGAGACGAUAAUCGAGUGUUUAACAAGACUCCUUCGGCGGUGGAGACUAAGUUCCCACUACUCGAGCAAAUGUCUCCAAAGGAGGCGAAGGCGGUUGUGUUCUCAGAGCUAUUUGAGGAUAAGAAGAAACGGCUCAGAAAAUACAGUCCUUAUGGCAAAUUGGAAUCGUGGAAUGUUCGGGCUGUGAUAAUCAAGGGUGGUGACGAUCUCAGGCAAGAGUAUAUGGUCAACCAGCUACUGACGCUGUUCAAUGAGAUAUUCACCAACGCCCGGCUUCCACUUUGGCUUAGACCCAUAGAAAUUCUUGUGACGGGUCCUAAUUGUGGAAUCAUCGAAUUCCUGCACGAUACGUGCUCUGUAGAUGUGGUCAAGCGCAAGUUCAACGUUGACUCUAUCGCUAGGGCAUUCGAGCGCAUUUACGCUGACAAGAUAUAUGAGGCCCGUAAAAACUUUAUCGAAAGCCAUGCGGCAUAUUCUAUAGUAUCUUACCUUUUACAGGUCAGGGACAGGCACAAUGGAAACAUUUUGCUCGAUAGUGAAGGCCACGUCAUACACAUUGAUUAUGGAUUCUGUCUUUCCAACACGCCUGGCAACAUCAGUUUCGAAACCUCGCCAUUUAAGCUUACAAAGGAAUAUGUGGACGUUAUGGGAGGUGAAACUUCCGAUAAUUUCGAUUAUUUCAAGGCGCUUGUUAUCCGAGGCCUCCUCGAAGCCAGGAAGCAUAUGGAUCGUAUCGUGCUUCUGGUCGAAAUGAUGACCGAUGCAUAUAAGAUGCCUUGUUUCGCUGCUGGUACCACUUAUACUAUGGAUAUGCUAAAGGAGCGGUUUAUGUUGAACUUAUCGGAAGACGUGUGUAUCGACCGGAUUGUCGCGAUGAUUGAGGAAUCACUUAACAAUUUCACCACCGUACAGUACGAUAACUUCCAGCGCCUGACCAAUGGAAUCAACGAUGACAUUGACCCGGAAGAUGGCACUUUCGAGGAAGUCGACAAUCUAGAAUUCCGUAAAAUUGAUGAGUCCAUAGAAAAGCUUGACUUUGUCAGCCUUUCAGCCUUUGACGCUAAUGUAGAUUUGCAAUCUGCGAUAGAGCAUGACGCGUACAUUAUCAAUAACGUGGUUACACGCGUUGGAAUUUCAAAAGCGCUUACUCAUGGUGUCAAACUGUCAUCGAUUAUCAAAGCGAAAGCACUGAGACUCAAUGAAGUUACCACUCAAGAGCUACUGGGUGUUGUGCUUGAGUUAUAUUGCAAAACCUUCGCGGCUGAAGAUACAGGACCACGACAGGUACAAGAUGAUGAAAAGGAAACCAACUAUCCUGCUCUAGACUUCACUAAACUGUCCAAAUUCUUCUCUUCAAAGGCGUUUGGUUAUUCACCGCUCUCAUGGAGCACUUUGCCACUCCCUGCUGACGAAGAACGGCCGACACCUCAGCCGGUUAAACGCGUACGUAUCGAGGAGCCUCAUGUGCCAACACCAAAAGUGACGAGGAAGGAGCUUGCUCCAAUGUUGGAGUACAGCGAGACGCUGGAAGUCCAAAAACAUACUGAAAUAAUCAAAAACAAAUUGUUGGAAGUUGCACAGGACGAACCAGUUUCAUUUUGGGAUUUCGUGCUAGAUAGUGACCCAAAAGAUGGAUAUAACCAGACGUGUCAAAACAUCUACUCUCUUACAUUUUUAAUUGUAAGGGGCUUUGCUGCCUUUACGAAGGAUGAACAGGACGUCUUGCUACGGGGUAUAGAGGAAGCGUCAAACGACAAAGAAAAUGCCCAGGGGAUUGUCACCGCGCUCUCCUACGAAAAGUGGCAGGAGAUGAUUGGCAAACGUAACCUGGCGGAGUCGCAGGGCUCGGGCCAAGAACAGCGUGAAUAG